GUUGAGGUUGGUAUCGUGAUUGGCUUUGUCCUGAUUGGUAAGCCUGGUAGUGUGGCUGGAAUUGUCCAGAUUGAUAAGCUUGGAAUUCCAGCUGGAAUUGUCCUGGUUGUUGAGGUUGGUAUUCACGUGUGUAUUGAGGUUGGAAUGGUCCUGAUUGUUGAGGUUGGUAUUGUGGUUGGUAUAUUGGCUGGAAUUGUACUGAUUGUUGAGGUUGGUAUCGUGGUUGGAUUUGUCCUGAUUGAUCAGCCUGGAACUGUGGCUGGAAUUUUCCAGAUUGGUAAGCUUGGAAUUCAGGCUGGAAUUGUUCUGGUUGUUGAGGUUGGUAUUCAAGUGUGUAUUGAGGUUGAAAUUGUCCGGAUUGGUAUGCCUGGUAUUGUGGUUGAACAUGUCCUGAUUUGUAAGCUUGGUAUUGUGGCUGUAAAUGUCCUGAUUGUUGAGGUUGGUAUGCUGGUUGGAAUUGUCCUGAUUGGUAAGCUUGGAAUUGUGGCUGGAAUUGUCCUGGUUGUUGAGGUUGGUAUUCAGGUGUGUAUUGAGGUUGGAAUUGUCCGGACUGGUAAGCUUGAUAGUGUGGUUGGUAUCGUCCAUAUUGGUUACGUUGGUGUCGUGCUUGGAAUGGUGCUGAUUGAUAGAAUUGACAGGGCAUCUCCAUGA